AUGAAGCUCGACGACGAUCUCGCCGCGGCUCUGGGCAGCUUGACGUCCAACGCCUCCGCCAACGAUGUGAAGCCCGCGUUCUACUCCGUACCCAAGUUGGCCGACAUGCCGAGCCCUUCCACCAGCUCCGGCCGUUCCGCUACCCUCACCCCCAGUGGUACUAAGGUCCCCAUCCGCAGGACAACGAAGGCUGAACAGGAAAUCAUCAUGACCAUGGCCCUGUCCGGCAAAAAGCCCUUGCAGAUUGCUGAAGCGCUUGGUCUCAAGGCCAACACCGUCUCCAAGUUCCUCGAGCGGAAGAAGAAGAAGACCUUGAAGAACACCGAUCACGAGGCGCUCCAGCUUCUCAUGCAGUCUUCGCCUCCUCGUCAGAGGGGUUCCCGUUGA